AUAAGCGUACUCAAGUCAUAUCGCAGCACAUUACUUAUAAAACCAUAGUGUAAUUCGCAGAAGUCAUGCAGAAUCCAAAAGUUUACAGAACAUCUAACAACCUGCAAAAGUGUAAAAUAAAGUUUAUAAUUGAAGAGUUUAGUGAAGAAUUAAAAGAUGUAUGUGGAAAGUGUAUGGAUAUUGGUUGCGGUCCUGGAGAUGUAACCAAGGAAUUGUUGUUACCGAAUCUUGGUUCAAAUGCACAAAUAAUUGGUACGGAUAUUUCGGAGAGCAUGAUUAAAUAUGCGAAUAAAAGAUUUAAGGACAAAAAACGUCUUCAAUUUGAAGUAUUGGAUAUUCAAACUAAACAUUUACCUCAAAAAUAUAUUUCUCAGUUUGAUCAUAUAUUUUCCUCUCAUACUUUGCAUUGGUGCAACGACAUUCAACAAGCCUUUAAAAAUAUCUACCAAAUGCUACAACCCAAUGGAACUGUUCUCUUAUAUAUAAUAGCAUCUCAUGAUAUAUAUGAAGUCCUUAGAAUGUUGGUGCAGGAUAUUCGCUUCGCAUCUUAUGUGCUGGAUUCGAUGAAAAACAUUUCACCCUUUCAAGAAUCAACAAAUGCUCGCAAAGAUUUAAAAGAAUUACUUAAGCGUGUAGGGUUUACGGUUCUCCAUUGCAGCCUUCGGGAAGCAAGUUAUUCUGAAAACAAAUUACAAAAUUUCUUGAAUUCGAUAAUAUCUAUUUUAAAAUUUCGUGAAGACAUGCCACAAGAUCUGAAGGAAGAAUUUAAAAAUACACUUAUAUAUGAAUAUACGAAAAGAAAGAUUAACUAUAAAUCAAUAAAUGGUCAGGAACUUACCUUAGAUUUAUAUACAGGAUUAGUAGCUUAUGCACAAAAGACGUAAUAAAAUAUAACAAUUGUAAAAGUGUUAAAGUAAGCUAGAAUACUGUUAACAGAUUACAGUUUAACAUAGUAGUAUAUUUGUCGUAAUCAAAAAUAGAAGUUUCAUAUAUACUUAUUUGUAUAAAAUAAUUUGGAAUUAUUACAUCUAAGAUAAAAGAAACAUAAGUUUUAACUGGCUUUAAGAAUUAUUGGGAAAGAUAAUUUUAACUAACUAGGUACUACAUUUAGAAUAAUAAAAAGAGAUAGUUUUGACAAACGUUAGAACAGAUAAUUUUUACUAGACAUUACUUUAGACAAGAAUUAUAGAAAAAAAGGGUAACUUUAAGCUAAACAUUAAACAUUACAGUUAACUAAGCAUUACUCUUAACUAAACGUUACAUUUAGAAUUAUAAAAUAAAAUAUAAGUAGGUUACAUCUCGUUUGUAUUGUCGGAUUCUACAUUACGCGGAUGUGAUUGUGUAUGUACCAUAUAUAUGUGUAUGGGUGUGAGGGAUUUACUUGUGGUUUCUUAUUAUUGUGGAAGAAGGAGGGAUUUCGCGGAUUAGGUCGAAAAAUUGUUCG